ACUUGCGAGAAAGAAGUCGAACGAAAUAGGCUUAUCCGUACCAUACGCCGCCUGUCUGCUUAUCAAACUUAUCGGUUGAUAGAAAGUAAAAAUAAAAUUCUUUUUCAAAACCAUUUAGUUUCUAUGUUCCUGUGCAAAAUGAUUCUUGGUAGAUAUUCUUUAUAUUCUAUUUUAUUUUCUAUUCGUUUUUUCUAGCAUAAAUCGAUUGUGAGGGCCAAUAAGGCCCUUUUUCAAUCAUUUAUAUUUAUAUUUAUGUAUAUAUAAUACCAAAAGUUACAAUAUAUCUAAUAUAUAUAUAUAUAUAUUGUAAUGUUUGUUUACGAGUUUGGGAAUUGUUAGCAUUGUCUUUUCAUUUUUCUUUAAUUAAUUGAUUUGUAUAGACUGUAUAUGUUUGAUGACUUCUAGCAUGACUCUAGUGUUUUGUCUAUUCAAAUCUAUAAUGUAAAUGUAUCCGUUUUUAUUAAAAAUCUGUGGGGUAAGGAGUUAUGCAUAUUUAAUAAAGUUUUACAUUAAUUAAGAGCAUGUAGUGACCAUUCUUACUCUAUAUAUUGACUAUAUUUUAUGUAGAUUUCUUUAUUUUCUAUUGUUUGCUAUAUACCCUUAUUUUUUAUAUAUUUAUGAAUAUGUUUGUUUUAUGCUAUCUAAAAAUCUUCUCUAUUUUUUAUUAUAGACGGUAUGGAAGACGGCUGGGACCUGAGCCGCUUAACGAAAGGUGAUAUCGACAAAUUAGCUACGUAUUUUGUGCCGGACCGACUUUGUCAGGGUGAAAACCGAGCGCAAGCCACACUUCCCAGGAAUCUUGUUUUCAAACCAUCGGAAAGGCAACCCUCCGGCGUUUGGAGUAGAGAAUAUAUUCCAAAAGGUACCCGCUUCGGACCGCUUCAGGGUGAGAUUGUACCCCCAGAAGCUAAAUCAGAUGGACACUUUUGGAAGGUGUUCACAACGGAUAAUCGCGUCUAUCAUUACAUUGACGUAGCAGCUAAAAACUCUAACUGGAUGCGCUUCGUGCAAAUAGCUUGUUCUGAAGAGGAGCAAAAUGUUGUUGCCUGCCAGGUGGACUUUCAGAUCUUUUUCUACACAACUAAACCCAUUCCGGCUAAUUGUGAAUUAUUAAUGGCUGCUACUCGGCAUUGCAUGCCCUCCUCUGUAGUCAAGUCGGAAGCGAUGGAGAAUCAAUUAUCCGAUAAUAUUUUCCUGCCCCCGGAGUUGAAGAAGUCUAUGGUCGACUAUCCGCUUCCGCCGGCACCUUUAUUCCCUUUCCUCGACGAGUUCCGAUCAAAGAAACCUUGGUCUCUACCCUUACCAUUUCCGCCCUACCCAUUCCCUAAUCUCUUCGCCCUACCUCCUCCGGCACCAAUUUUCUCCAACAACUUAUUCCCAAUGAAGAAAUCGCAACAUGAGGAGGAAGCUUUAAACCUUACAACAAAGAGAGAGGAAAGAACUCGUGGCCAUCGUACACUUCCAUAUCCAUUAAAGAAAAAAGAUGGUCGCAUGCAAUACGAAUGUAACGUAUGUCAGAAGGUGUUCGGCCAAUUAUCCAACUUAAAAGUUCACCUUCGAACACAUACUGGUGAACGUCCAUUCACGUGUACAACCUGUUCCAAGGGCUUUACUCAACUAGCCCAUUUACAAAAACACCACUUAGUUCAUACCGGCGAAAAACCGCACGAAUGUACCGUCUGCUCAAAGAGGUUCUCCUCAACAUCCAAUUUGAAAACUCAUAUGCGACUGCAUUCGGGCGAAAAGCCUUUCGUCUGUAAAUUAUGUCCGGCCAAAUUCACUCAGUUCGUUCACCUCAAGUUGCAUAGACGUUUACAUACGAACGAACGUCCAUACGAAUGCCCACGUUGUUCCAGGAAGUACAUUUCCGCUUCUGGUCUCAAAACGCAUUGGAAGACUUCAGCAUGUAUGCCAACUGAUACCGCGCUUCCACAUCCUUCCGAUGGAGAAUCGGAUGGACAUAGUUCAGACGCUGAUAUUGACGUUUGUACUGACUCUUCAUUCUCCUAGUUAAUCGGGAGAGGAAAACCUUUAAUCAUUAAAAAAAAGACAAAGCAAAAAAUUGUGAACUAUAUUUUUUUUUCUUUUAUAUCCAAAUAUUUGUGAAGUGGUAUUUUUUUUUGUUUUUAUGUUCUCUUCAUUAUAUUUAUAUUUCAUUUUUUUUCUCUCUAUAUUCUCUGGUUUCAUUCAUUCAAAUUUCAUUUAUUUAUAGAAAUGAAAAGAAAACUGUUCAGAAUUUUUCAAUUAUUUUUUCUUUUCUUUUUUAUAUUUAAAUUAUAAAAUUUUGUUAUUGUCAUAGUGUAUUUAUGCUCUCUCUCUCUCUCUCUCUCUCUCUCUGUAUGUCUCUCUCUCAAUUCUCUCAGACUCUAUCUCUCGUUUUAUUUGUUUUCCGCUUAUCUGUCUUUCAUAUCAUCAUGUACAAAGUUACGUUAUGGAGAGAGCAUACGUACGAUAUUAUAUAGUAAAAAGAAUGAAGUCUAUUUAUAUAUAUAUAUAUAUAUACUGUACAUAGAUGUACAAGUAAAUAUAUACAUAUAUAUAUAUAUUUAUUUCUAUUUUUAGAUAACUAUUUUGGUCUAUUCGGUUGUGCUAGUUAUCCAGAGGAUUGAAAAAAUAAGACAAUUGUUGAAGUGAUAUUUUAUGUUUCUUUUUUAAAUUUAUUGAAUUCUAUAUGGUAUAUAUAUACUUUUACAUAUAUAUUAUAUGUAUACAGGAGAAAAGCUACGAGAUAAAAGAAUGAUAUACAUUUUAAACGUCUCUUGUAACAAUUUAUAAUCGAUAUCUAGUAUCUUCUUAUUCUCCCUCUCCUUAUCCUGCUUAUCGUCCUUUCCCUUCCUUCUUGUAUAACUCUCUCUCUUUCUUCAUAGCACCAGUCGGCAUUGAAAAUAAUCUAAAAUAUAAUUUUCCCAGGGAGAUGGUAUAAAAC